CGAUUCUUGCUCUUGUGAAAAACAGACCUGAAAUCAUACUUGCCAGGAAACAGUGUUUCAUGUGUAAUUCUGCAUGGUUUUCUUUUUGUCCAGCGUUGGCGAAGUCUUGCCAUUUUAAAAAUGUAAUUCAUGAGUAAAAUCCAAAAGAAUUGAUCAUCGGGUAUCUGAAGACAAAUAAAUACGGAAGCGUUUUAUUUGAUUGGCAGCGAACGGAUAGACGAAAUUAUUUUGCCCAAGGCUGUAAAUCUACCAAAGCUGCUGCUGAGUAAGCUUCGUGUAUUUUUGACGUUUUCACUUCGUUUCGUGGGGGCUAGAAGAGAAGGUUUUCCCAAAAUGCGGUUGCUGCUAGCUGUUUUAAUUUUAUCUUGUGUGGUUGGAAAUUUAUCUGGUCAUUCCGUAAUUGAUCGUCGCAAGGUGAAGCAAGGAGUGAACUGUGGCUACCAGACAUGUCCACAGGGAGAAGCAGAUAAACUCAAUGUUCACAUAGUUGCACACAGUCAUGAUGACGUUGGUUGGCUGAAAACUGUUGAUCAGUAUUACUUUGGAGCUCGUAGCGAGAUCCAGAAUGCGGGUGUUCAGUACAUCAUCGACUCGUAUUUGGAGGAGCUGUUGAAGGAUGAAUCCAAAAGGUUUAUCCAAGUAGAAACCGCCUUUUUUAAGAUGUGGUGGGACGAGCAGAAUGAAGAGACCCGGGAUAAUUAUCGGCGAAUGGUUGAUGAAGGACGUUUGGAAUUCAUUGGUGGCGGAUGGUCCAUGAAUGAUGAAGCGUCAGCUCAUUACACCGCAAUUAUUGACAACAUGUCCUGGGGAUGGAAGUUCUUGGAAGACACGUUCGGUACCUGUGGACGCCCGAAAAUUGGCUGGCAGAUCGAUCCAUUCGGACAUUCCAGGGAACAAGCAGCAAUUUUCGCAGAGAUGGGAAUGGAUGGGCUUUUCUUCGCUCGUUUGGAUUAUCGGGAUAAAACCAAACGGAAGAAUGAACAAACCAUGGAAAUGCUCUGGCGGGCUAAUCCUCGCUUGGGAGCGAAAUCUGAGAUUUUCACCGGAGCUUUGUACAACCACUACAGCCCACCUCCGGGCUUUUGCUUUGAUUUGCUGUGUUCCGACGUCAUUAUUGACAAUCCCAACUCACCCGACUACAACGUAAUCAGUAAGGUCUCCGACCUGAUCAAGUGGGCCGAGGAUGAAGCGAAAGCGUUCAAAACCAAUCAUGUCAUGAUAACAAUGGGCAACGAUUUCAACUACCAAGACGCGCAUGUGUGGUACAAGAACUUGGAUAAGCUAAUUAGGUACGUGAAUGCUGAGCAGGCGAGUGGAUCCCGAGUGAACUUGUUCUACUCAACGCCGUCGUGUUAUCUCAAGGGUCUCAACGAUGCCGGAGUCACGUGGCCGACGAAGACUGACGACUUUUUCCCGUAUGCCAGUGACCCACAUGCCUAUUGGACUGGGUAUUUUAUUUCCAGGCCGACUUUCAAGGGUUACAUCAGGUCGUCGAACGCCAUGUUACAGGCUGUGAAACAAAUGAGCUCGUUGGCACCGGCCGCGGGCAGUUUGGAGGCCGAGUUGAACCUGAUGAGAGAAGCUCUGGGAAUAAACCAGCACCACGAUGCAGUAACCGGAACCGCGAAGCAGCACGUUACGGACGAUUACUACAGAAUUCUUCACAACGCUAACGUUGCCGGGUGGAAGAUAUUUGAAGCUGCUGCCAAUUCAGCGUCUGCGGUGAAUGGAGCACCGAAACUCGCGUAUUCCCCGUGUCCCCGAUUGAAUAUUAGUGAAUGCGCAUUUACUGAAAGCACGACGUCGGGAAAUUUCAUCAUCACUGUUUAUAAUCCGCUCGGACGUCCCCAGUCACCCUUGAUUGUCUUCCCUGUUGUUGCCCUUGAAAACGGAAGUCCACCGACUUACGUGAUCACCGAUCCGGAAGGAAAUACCGUUCCCCAUGAUGUAUUUCCUCUUCCGCAACCGAUCCUCGUUUUACCCGGUCGCAACAGCAACGCUGAAUACCAAGUGCACUUCGUCGCCAGAGAUUUGCCUCCUGUGGGUUUUGCUUCAUAUCACGUCAGCGUGUCGACUGCACGCAAAAAUCGUGUGAAGCGAGAAGUGAAACUGAAAGUUAAUAGAUCCAAGAAACAGGGCUUCGUCUUCGAGAACGAUUUUUAUGUCAUCACGUUGGACAGUGCGACUGGUCACGUGAGCUCGAUUGAAAGGAAGGAUCAGCCGGGAAUCAGCGCGUCAGUCCGACAGGAAUUCAUGUUUUACAACGGGAUGCGAGGGUUUAAUCAGAAUUUUAGCGACAGAGCGUCUGGGGCUUAUAUUUUCAGGCCUGAAAGUCAAGCUCCGUUGACCAUGCGAGAUCAGUUGGAUGUGUCUUUUGUUGCUGGUGACGUGUUGACAGAAAUUAGAGCGUACACAGAAGACUGGGCCAGUCAUGUGAUCCGAUUCAGAUCUGACAGUGAGGUUCUGGAAUCUGAGUGGAUUGCUGGACCGAUUCCGAUUGACGACGGAGUGGGGAAGGAGUUGAUUUCUCGCUUUGUGACUGAUAUCCGCAACGGAGCCAAGUUCUACACCGACUCGAACGGGAAAUUGACAGAACCCAGAACGCGAGACUACAGGCCAACGUUUGAAUUGGGCGAUGACACGGAAGCUGUUUCUCGGAAUUAUUAUCCAGUUUUAUCUAGAAGUUAUAUCCGAGAUGAGGACCAAUCUGAUCCGAAUUUGUCAAGACAAUUGACCAUUUUGACGGAUCGAGCGCAAGGAGGAGGAAGCAUCGUUGACGGGGCUCUUGAGUUGAUGGUCCACAGAAGGUUGCUGUACGACGACGCAUUCGGCGUUGGCGAAGCUUUGAAUGAAUCUGCUUUUGGAACCGGACUCGUGGCGCGUGGAUUGCAUAAAUUCAUUUUAACGUCUGUCAGCAACGCGGCAAAGUUGUACAGAGCUGAGGAAGUGAAGGACAUAAUGCGUCCCUUGUACGCUUUUGCACCCACUUCUCUGAGUGCCAAAAAGUGGCUAACCGGAUAUGCAACUAAGGUGUCUGCGUUGAAAGCUCCUUUGCCAGAGAACGUGAAUUUGAUGACGUUGGAGCCAUGGAGGGAUGGUAGAUUGUUGAUGAGGCUCGAGCACAUGUUUGAACCUGGAGAAGAUGCUGUGUUGUCAAAUUCUGCGCCAAUAGAGCUUCUGGAUAUUCUAGCGGCACCUGUUCUGUCCAUUCGGGAAACUGACCUUUCGGGUAGUCAGGUUGCACCUGUCAAAAUGAAGUGGGAUUACGAAGGGAAGGCGGACAAAGAGGAUGAGAGCUUGAAUGACGAUAUUGAAAAAGGUGUCAUUACUCUCAGACCGAGUGAAAUAAGAACAUUUGUGGUAACCCUGGCGUAGGAUUUUGGUGCUUGAAAGCGGGAAUUCAUUGUUCGCGAUGAAAAUGUCAGUAUUUGGUGAGAAUAGAGAGAGAAUGCGAUGCACAAAAAGAGAA